AUGGAUAAUUCUGACGACUACUUCGAGGAUGACAUCGUCUUUGACGACGAGGCCCUCGCUGCACUUGACGCCGAGGAGAGCAAGUUCAUAGCUUCGCAAGCGCAGGCUACUUCCACACAACGACCACCACCCCUAUACCAUCCACGAUAUGUCCCCCCACAACCACCAGCGAAGCGACAGAAGACUGCCAGCGGAUGGAGGGCGCCAGUUCAAGUUCAACAACGUCCGGCGGUCCCGCCUGGUCCCGCCGCAUACUCGCUUGAAGAUUUGGAUCUACCAGAGAUUUCGGUGCGCGAUGGAUUUUAUGGAGUUCAGCGGGACAGUAGUCAGGACUUGGUACAGAGGGCCAUAGGUGGGGUAAAUGCUGGCGUUGGUGGGGGUAUGAAGCGACCUGCAUCGAGCAUGUCCAACUCGAGCUCAGGCAAUAUUCAGCAGGCGAGCGGGAGCGGAAGUAGGACGGCCAGUGGUGGAUCCAACGCGAGCGGGCCUACAACAAAACCAGCUACCCUGCAGCGCACUCGGUCAGGUCUCCAAGUGAUAGGUUCUUACAUUCCUCAAGCGCCUGCCCAUCCUCCCUCGCGAUACACUCCAAAUCAGAACCAUAACCCUACUUCAUCUCGCCAGCCUCUUCCUUUCGUCAACGCGCAUGCCCCACAGAAUCAUAACCAACAGCACGAACGACCAGUUAUUGGUCGCGUCACUUCGUUUUCUGGUUCAGGAGGUUCAGGAUCUGGACCACGCUUAAGUCAAGGCCUUGCGCGACAAAUUUCGAACCCAUCCUUUAAUAAUAGAGCGACACCAGUACAACAACAUACUCGGAGGGCAUCACUUGUCAUUACACGUGAACCGUCCCCUGCUCCCAAUCAAGAUGAAAACGCGCGGAAGAUGGAGGAAGAGUUGGCGGAGUUGCGUGCUCAGUUUGAAGCUCUGCAACGGUCGAAUGAGGAGAUGCAAACGUCGUUGAAGGAGGCACUCAACGCUAAGCGCGCCAAAGCGGGCGAAGUCAUCAUUCUUCGCGAGAAUAUGGAGAAGGCGAACCAAACUUAUCUCGCCGAGCAAGUCAAACUUCGUGCCGCAAAAGAAGCCGCCGAGGCCGUCCAACUCCAGAUUCAGCGCGACAUGAAAGAGGAGCUUGAACGUCUCAAGACCCAGUUCACCUUCAAACAACAUGAGCUCGAGACAUCCACCGUUCGCAAAACGCCCUGGAACGCCUCGACCGGCAAUCGUCUCACACAAGGACCUGGGCCUUCGACGCCGACACCCGUACCUAUGUCAAGCCAAAUGAGGCGGUGGGACCAGACGGAGGUAAAGCCUAGAUCCCUACUCAAUCUUCAGAACGCUGUCGCUGGUCCGAGUGGUUUGGCCAAUAUUGGGAGGAAACCCGAUUCACCUCCACGGCCGAAGUUUGGGAACGUCGCACCGGAUAGUCCUCAUCGUAGAAGCAAGAAAUUGGCCGUUCAGCCUCCAGCUCUCUCUGCGAAGAAACGACCGGUGCUGCCAGGGUUCGAGAACGCGUUCUUACCUUCUCCGGAACGGAGGCGCCACCCGGAGCCAUCCCAGUCGACUGUCGCGAGUCCGUUGAGAGGGAAAGAGAAGGAACAGGAGACCGUACAGGAGAGACCACAGCCACCGAUUUUACCUCCAUCUCGAGCUCGUUUGGCGGUGGCCGCAGCGAUGGCAGCAGCGCCUGCGCCUAGUCAGCGUGACGUGAACGAUGUGCAGCCUUUGGGUACCAUGCAGCCUUCGCCGCCGAGCAGCCCUGCCAGGCCUUCUGCCAGGAGUCAACAGAUCGCAGUGCUGAGGAGAGAGAUGGAUGAAGAGGCAGACGGUAGCGAAGACGUGAUGAUGGACGCUGAGCUGGAUAUGAGUUUCGGGAUGGAUCUUUCUACACCGACACAGUCGCAAGAAGAGGAAGAGAUUGCGAAGAUGGACCCUCCAGACUGGGUCGCCCAUUUAAACCAGAUAAUCUUUACACAUUCCGUCCCAGGGUCGCGCUCAAACACCUUCCAAACGCUGCUGAGCGUGACAAGCUCACUGAACGACGAUGCCUCCGCUUACUCCAGUGCAUCGGCCACGAUUCUGGAGGCUAUGGGCUCUGCUUCCAGAGGUUCAAGUUUAGAGCCUUUAUAUCGGACGGUAUCUACGGCCUUCGUGCAGAUGGCAGCCAUAUUGCUUCGGCAGGAGCAGACACUUCCUCUUGCAGCUCUACUCUCCAUUCUGUCCACCUGCACCGUCUUCCUCCCUAGCUUCAUCAUCUCACUACUCGAGCCUACCGACCCCGAGCCUGAAAACGAUGCUCCUAUGAUCUUUACGACCAUCUGUCAGACCGUCUCUACGCAUCUACCACCCGUCCAGACGAAGACCGACCCUCAAAAUGUCGAAAAGAAGCACCUUACCGACCUUCCGAAGGCCGUUCUUGGGUUUUUGGAUGCAGUCUGCUGGUCGCUACCUCCCGCAUUCGAACACCUGCUAUCGGUGGUGAUCAAGUCUCCUGGUACCCUGUCGACGCUCCUGGAUCCUUCUCAGCCAACGUGGUUCCUGGAGCAGAGCACGAGGCUUGUUGCGUUACUUGCUACACGGACGAGUCUGUAUUCGGACUUUCUUGCGCUGCCUGAGGGCGCUGGGGAGCAAUCUAAUCGACAGUCGCGAUCUGAGCAUAGUCAGGCUGGAAACCGCUUGCGGCUCCCACAGAUGGAAAGUCUGUGCGCCUUGCUCACCGAUUCGAAACAUGUAGGAUAUGGGGCAGAUUCGAUGCGAGCAUCGAUACUUUCUACGUUUACCCUCCUGGCGCUGGCACACGCAGACGGGCUGGCGGUCCUCAACGAAAGUCAUUCUGUGAUCCUCAGCUUGAUUUCGUUCUUGACGAUUCUGACCGUCCCGUUGUGGGAGGAAGACCCCGCACUGAUGCGGUCGCCAUCCCUCAUCAAGUCCACUGUCGGCCUCAUCAAACACGCCCUCAUCCUGCUCAACUACCUCGUGUUCGCACCUGAUCCGAACGUGAACCUAGCGCUAAGACUGCACCAAGCGUCGCACCGACAAUUCAAUGGGAUAUCGCAUAUGUUCGUCGUUACGCUUGGUCGAUUGACUUAUGCGGAACCUCCGGAUGAGGUGGGAGAUGAGGAAAAGGUCGUGUUGGAGCAGAUUGCCGCUCGAGACCUCAUGGAUUUGGUCGUCGGAGGCCCUGAAAGUGAGAGUGUGUGGGCGACGUAUCAAGACGGGGAGGAAGGCACAGAUGAAGGAAGUAUGCAUCUUCUCCAGACGUUCACGUUCUCUGCCGCAGAUAUUUUGUCCACAUACACCUGGGUUUAUUCAGGCAAUUAUCUAUCCACCAUACUCUUUGGUGUUGCCCUCCACCAGUUCUACAUAUAUUAUCGAGAGUCUCCGAAUGAUCGUCGACUGAUCAAGUCUAUGGUCGGAGGACUUCUCGUUCUGGAGACAGUUUCGACAGUCCUGGCUGCAUUCGCAGUCUACGAAUUCUCUCUACUAAAUAUGAUGCAGACGAUAGAGUCACUGCUUGAUAAGUCAGAGGUCAUAGAUAAAGUCUUCGCCUCAAUCGUACUGUUGAGCAGCCUGAGUGACACGCUUAUUCGAUGUUUUUUCUGUUACCAAAUCCACAUACUAAGCGAGAAGAACUGGGUUCUUACUUCCAUAACAGUAAUGCUUCACAGUCUAUCCCGUGACCUUCAUGCUCAUCUUAGACUUGCGUAGAGUCUUCUCGCGUG